GGAGCCUUUACAAACAGUAAUAUUUUCCGCGCUUCAACAAAGGGUGCUCAACUUUUUAAAUAGAGACGUGUUAAGUGGGUUAAGUCUCGUUUAAUCGCCGGAGGCCCUGGUUUUUAAAUGUCUCAGGUAUUUGGAAUGUUGCGAAAUUUGAUGCGAAGUUUUGAGAUUACGCUCAGACUUCACUCAACCACGGCCAUAGCUCCAGUCCUGGCUACAGCAGCAACAGUUGGCUGCGCCAGACGCACGCUCUUCACGUACGAGUACGAAAGCCACGCCAGGGCAAAGAAGUCCCUACUGACAGCAACAGCGACCACCACAGCGAGUCCCGGCAACGAGGCGGACAAUGAUUACGUGCCGUAUCGCCUGGAGCAGGAAACGGGGACAAAAGCCAGCGUUCUGAUCGACACACUGAAGGAACGGUUCCGGCUCACCGAAGCCGAGCUCCAGCGGAUUAUGGGCGAUGAUUCGGUGCACCGCAACUAUCGUAGUCGCUCCCUGACAAUGACGCUGGACCAGCUGGAGCUGGAGGGUGUUAGCAAACGCAGCUUUGUGGAGUAUCCCUGGCUGCUGUCGCUGGACAACAAGCGGCUGCAUCUGAAACUGCAGCUAAUAAAGUCAAUGAACAUACGGGACAUCAAUCACUUUGUUCCCUUCCUGCGUCUCACUGUGCCACGCCUCCGCAAGCUGGUCACCGCCCUCAACACAGAGAUGAAGACGAUACCGCAGCAGAAUCGCGUCUACUACAUCAGCGAGAGUUUGCAGGUUAGCCCGGAAAUAGUAACCAAAUACCUGUCCAAGCGCCUCUUUAUUCUGGAGAUGCCAUACGAAAUGUUUGAGAAGAACCUGCAGCACAUGAUCGACUACAAUGUGUCGCCCAUUAACAUACUGAAGGAUCUGUGGGCCUUUCGGUAUACCCCGCGGUCUGUGCAGGUGCGUUUAGAGAGGGCGAAGCGGGCAAAGAAGGACAAGAUCAUGCCGUGGAUGGUUCGUUGUCCCGAGCCCAUACUGCAACGAUCCCUCAAGCUGUCCCUGGAUGAGCUCCAAGUGCUUGGCAAGCACUCCUCCGUGGUGGAGUACUUGGGCCAUCGCUUGGGCUUUAGCGUGGUUGAAACCAAAGGGAUCAUGGACAGACACCCGCAGGUGCACACUGUGCGGGUGACAAAGAUCAAGGAGGUGCUGGACUAUUUGCUCGAUGAGGCAAAAUUCACGCGUUUUGAGAUAGCCCAAAAUCCUCGAAUUCUGUGCCACAGCCUAAAGACCACCCAGGCCCGUGUGGAGGAGCUCAAGAGCCAUGGGUGCCGACCCUCCUCCCUGGUCAUCGUUUGUCGCAGCAGGAGAGAGUAUGAAAAGUUCCUACAGCAUUGGCUGAGCCAAGUGAGAUAUCAGCAAACACCUGCUGACCCAUGAGCAGGCAGAAUAUUGUGUUCUUUAAGUUUGAAAGUCAUUUGGAUCAGUUUAGAUCAAUAAUAAAUAAUGCCGUGAUAAGUUUAAUACUGCGACAGCAGCGAUUUACACACUGAAAGACAGGCUGGCUCAAGACAUGUAUAAUU